GACGUUUGACGUCUGUCGGUGUGGACCGUGUGUCGUACUUUUUAUAAACAAUAAAUUGAAAACUACGUUAUCAGCUUAAAUACUUACUUUAUUGUGAACAUAGUGCAAAGCUUAGUGACAUACAUUGAAGUCGGCAGUAAGUUUAGUGCAUAAGGGCUUCAAUUAAGCAAAACUGUAUAGCCAGUGACUAGGCGCAUUUAAUUUCUACCCUCUAUUUAAAAAGUGUUGUUGACAUCGGGGAUAUUCACGUCACUCCAAACUUGACAUUGACAGGAGGAAGAUAUUCUCGGUAUUGCUAUCGAUCGAUAUUGGGCCAGUGGCGCCAUCUAGCGAUCCUGCACUGAGUUAUCGGAGACGCCAUCUAGCGAUUUUGCAAGGAACUCUCUGUCUACUAUAAUGCCGGGUAUCCAGUGCGCAGCUUGCAAGCUCUUUGCAUCGGCGAUAGAGGGCGUCAAGUGUGGUAGUAGCAAGUGUCGGCGACUAUACCACCGAGGAUGCGUUAAUUUUAAGCCAGACGUAGCUAUCCCACCUUCCUGGCGCUGCCCUGAAUGUAAAAAGAACCUGGUCAGGGAUAACAGGGCAGAUACUCCAAUCAGAGGUUCGGCUGGCUCCGCGGGAGGUCCUGCAAGCCAAACUAGCUCAGUGGCCCGCACGACUGGUGAGUUGGAUGCCAGCUGCUCUAGCCCAGCACCCGUGGUCUGCGAGCAACAACGCGCUAGCCCGUCGUCUGCUUCUACGCCGCUACAUAGGAGCGCCUCCACAGCUGUCACUGCGGCACGGGAAAUCUCUCCUGUCGUAGGCUCUGGUUUGGGUUUGCUCAUGGAUGAGUUGAGAGCGAUGCGUGCGGAGAUUCAAGAGUUUCGCAAGGAGAUGGAGUUGGAGAUGGCGCAGCUGGUAUCUGCAAUGAGUCACUGCAAUGGGCGCAUCGAUGGCCUCGAGGCCAGAAUAAGCGCUUUGGAACAACAGGCUGCUACGGGUCGUUCAUCGGCAGAUGAGGUCGUGGAAGAGUUGAGGCGCGAGCUGAACGAUAGGGAUCAGGACCUAUUGGCAAAUGAUGUGGAGAUAACUAAUAUACCGGAGGCUCCUUCUGAUCACCCUAUCCACAUCGCUAAAGUUGUAGGCCUUAAGUUAGGGGUACAGUUGGAGGAGCGCGACAUCAUCAGCGCGGAGCGGGUCGGCGGCAAGCAGCUCAACGCCACUAGCUCUGCCGGGCCGGCGGUGACGCGGCCGCGUGCCAUAGUCGUGCGCCUGGCGCGCCGCGAGCUGCGCGACGAGCUGCUGGCGAGCGCGCGCAUGCGGCGAGGGGCGACCACCGCCGACCUCGACCUGCCCGGCCCGCCACAGCGCUUCUUCAUCAACGAGCGCCUCACGAAGACAAAUCGCCGGUUGUUUCGGAUGGCCCGAGAUGCUGCUCGCCUCCACAAUUGGAGAUUUGUGUGGACCAAGCGCGGGCGCAUACUUGCCAGGAGGAGUCCGGGUGAUUCCACUCAAAGAAUCCGCACUGAUGAGGAUAUUGUUAAGUUUUUUGGACCUGUUAAUAAUGAAACAACUUGAUUAUUCUUCUUUUUUUAUAUUAUUGUUUGUUUGUAACUAUUUACCUUGUAUCAGUGGAAGGGAAAAUAUGCGUCUAAACUAUAAAUAUCGGGGGAUUUACACGCUGGCUGGCACGCAUGUUAAGUCGCAAUCGACACUUAUUUAUACAUAUUACAUUCUACACAGUAUUACUACAUACACGAACUAUAUACCAAAUAAUUACAUAAUCAAUUA